AUGGUCAUACAGGUGACUGAGAUAUGGAUCUGUCAUGGUCCUUUUGUGGCUGCCAGGUUUAGUUCACCUGUGGAUCAGGCUCAGCUCUACAACUUGUUUGCUUGGCUUUGCCGUUUUGUGAAGAACCAGAAACGUAUCAUGAACAAUGUCAGAGAGGCCUUCAAACAAAGUGAGAAACUCGUGAAUGCAUUGCAAAAGACUCCGAAUCCUCAGAACCCCAGAGGAAUCGCUGACUCUUUCCUCAUACGACAGCAAAAGGACGAGGGAUCAAGUGAAUCAGCGACUCUGUUCCAUUCGGUGAAUCUUCAUUGUAAAAUUAAUAACCUGUUUGCUGCUGGUACCGACACUAUGACUACAACACUGUGCUGGGGUCUUCUGCUCAUGGCCAAAUACCCUGAAAUACAAGCCGAGGUUCAAGACGAGAUUGACCGAGUGAUCGGUAGACGUCAGCCAGUGGUGGAAGACAGGAAGAACUUACCAUAUACAGACGCUGUGAUCCAUGAAACCCAGAGAUUUGCAAACAUAGUACCCAUAAGCGUCCCCCGUCAGACAACCUGUGAUGUUCACCUGAAUGGAUACCUCAUCAAGAAGGGUACCAGUGUGUGGGCGCUACUGGCAUCUGUACUGAGGGAUGAAAAUGAGUGGGAAACUCCUGACAGCUUCAACCCACAGCCUUGUACUCUUCUAGGUUAA